GUUUUCUGCCAAUUGUAUAUAUGUUUUGAUGUUGUCUGGGGAUUUGUGUACUAGUUACAAUGCUUUCAUUCCUGCUCAGUGUAAUUCAGUCUCACCAUUUGUUUGUGCCUAAUACGUGAAGGUAUGAAAAUAGUUGAAAAUAUGUUCAUCAAAAAUCUUUAGGUUAUGUUUUGACACCUUUCUGGAUCCAUAACCAUUUUUCAAAGCACUUAUCAUACUGGAUGAAUUUAUGACAACAGUUUAAUCACCAAAUAAUUAUAAAUGUAUAGUUUAUUGCAGAUCAUGAACUUUGUUUGAAAACUAUAAAGUGGCCUGGCUUUUACAGUGCCCUUUAUCCUUAUUUGAAUGCACGUUUCUUCUUGAUGUCCUGAAAUUGGGUCCAUCAUUGCCCUCCACACAUCACUGUCCAGUCAAGGCUUUCAGCUGUUUUUGAACAUUAUAAUGUCGAUCUCAGCACAUGCCUGUGGGGCAGUGAAGCGAACAGGUGAGAGAGAAAGAGACUGUGUGUGUGUAUGAGUGUGGUGGAAAAAAAGUGUGUGUAUGAGUGUAUGCGUGUGUGUCAAUGGUUGGAGUGAAUGCGAGCCAGAGAGAGUUUGCUUACUCUGUGCAUGCCAGGUUCAUAGCAGCCAGUUAGAGAGUUAAAUAGAGAGGGGUCACAAAAUCAUGACAUUUAUGUGAAAAGUCUUUUAUGUGAUUUACUGUGAAAAGUGGCUGUGUCUUUAUUGAUUCGGUCGAUUUUCCUAAACGUCAUUUGAUAAACUGUGUCGGGGACUGGCGAGUGCUUCAUCAGGGCUGACCAUUCGGAUCUUACGCAGAGCCGUGAAAUGCUGUACUGUACUUUCUCUCUAGGCUAGAAAUCGUGAAGCAUGGGUGACUGGAGCUUUCUUGGGCGGCUCUUGGAGAAUGCACAGGAACACUCAACUGUGAUCGGCAAAGUCUGGCUGACAGUACUCUUCAUUUUUAGGAUUCUGGUGUUGGGGACAGCAGCCGAGGAGGUCUGGGGGGACGAGCAGUCUGACUUCACCUGUAACACACAGCAGCCGGGCUGCGAGAACGUCUGUUACGACGAGGCCUUCCCCAUCUCCCACAUCCGCUUUUGGGUGCUCCAAAUCAUCUUUGUGUCCACGCCAACGCUCAUUUACCUGGGCCAUGUACUGCACAUCGUUCGCAUGGAGGAAAAGAGGAAAGAGCGCGAGGAGGAGCUUCGAAAGGCGAGCAGACUCCAGGAGGAGAAAGAACUCCUGUACAGAAAUGGAGGUGGAGGGGAUUCGGGAGGACGAGGUGGGGGCGGUGGCGGAAAAAAGGAAAAACCACCAAUCAGAGAUGAGCACGGGAAAAUCCGUAUCAGAGGUGCCUUGCUGCGCACCUAUGUGUUCAACAUAAUUUUCAAGACGCUGUUUGAAGUGGGCUUUAUUUUAGGUCAGUAUUUCCUCUAUGGUUUCCAGUUAAGGCCCUUGUAUAAGUGCGCACGGUGGCCCUGCCCAAACACGGUGGACUGCUUCCUUUCCCGGCCCACAGAAAAAACCAUCUUCAUCAUAUUUAUGCUUGUGGUGGCUUGCGUGUCCCUUUUGCUGAAUUUGUUAGAAAUCUAUCACCUUGGAUGGAAGAAAGUCAAACAGGGUAUGACCAAUGAGUUUGCCCUUGACCAUGAGUUACUGCCCGAUUCGGAUGAAGCAGAGCCCGAGUCCAUGAUCACGUCUCCCAGAACUGCCCCUCCCACCCUCAGCUACCCGCCACACUACACGGAGGUGGCGGUGGGUGGCAGUCCCUUCCUGCAGCCUGUGUCGGCGCCCUCCACGGCAGAGUUCAAGAUGGACCCUCUGCACGAGGAGUUGGUGGAGACCUCGGCUUUCUACAUCAGCAACAACAACCAUAGGCUGGCCGCUGAGCAGAACUGGGCCAAUCUGGCCACUGAGCAGCAGACUCGGGAGAUGAAUGCUGCCUCCCUGUCGCCCUCCUCCUCCUCUCGUUCCUCUGAUAAUGGGCAGAAAGCCAAAGAUGCUGCUCAACCCACCUGCACCCCCACCUCGACUGGUGACAGUUUGAGUGGUGGGGUAGAGGAGGGCCACGUCACCACUACAGUGGAGAUGCACGAGCCACCCAUCAUUUUCACUGAUGCUCGACGACUGAGCAGGGCUAGUAAAGCCAGCAGUGUAAGAGCAAGACCCAAUGAUCUAGCAGUGUAGUGGCCCUCUACCCCAACCCCAAAGCUCAGAUUUACUUAUAUGCAAAAACACAACAAAUACAUUCUCACAAAGAGGAAAUGAGAGGCAGAUUGCUGGAACUUAAAAGUUAUCCUGAAGAUAAUUCCAUAGAAGAUAAUUUCAUUCAUAAAUAUUUCUGAGCCGUGCAAUCAGUGAGUUGAGUCUGUGAGCAGUGUUAAAUGGUCUCCUGCAGAACUGCUCUGAAGGGGUUCAUUUUCAACUUUUCUGAAUUAUUUUGUGGUUAUGAAGUCAUUGAAUGGAGUGACAUACUUGAUGCAGUUCUGGUGUACAGGCAAAGUAAUUAGGCACCUUCGCUCCCUUUUUUAAUACAGUCAGGUCAAGCAUACAAGAAAACUAAGUUCAGAUGGUCAUUAUGUCUACAUGUAUGUGAUUUGUUGAAAAAAAAAAUGUACGUGGAAAUUAGUCAUGAAACAAUGACAAGGCCUUAAUGUUCUGGAGCAUAAUAUGUGUCAGGUUGUAUGUACAUUGCUCGGGAGAAAAGUAAAAAAUUCAGCACAAAUUCAGCACUUUCUCUUUGCCGUUGCAGAUUGUCCUUUAUUUAGUCAUGUUUUCUGUGCCAUCAAUUCCAUUUAGUAAUAAUUGUAUCCAAGUUUUAUUAAUAGAAUUUAAAAAAUAAAUAAAAAUAACACAGACCAAUUUGAUGGAAUUUUGAAAUGAAAAAUAGAAUUUUAAUCUUAAAAGUAGGCCAAAAUGUUUUUUGUUUUGUUUUUUUAUGAUAUGGGCUGCUAAAUUAUUGAUAAUUUAGUACACACCUUGGGUGUGAAAGAAAGGUAUAAUAAUUUAAUGGUCCAUCACCAAUUGUUCCUAUGUAUUAGCACUGACGAGACACAGGUUCAUUAACCUGAAAGCUUUAGACACAACUCAGUGAUUCACAUUUUCAGAAACUGUAUACAUCUACAUAUUAUCAGCUAAUCAUGCAUUGAUGGGGGAAGAAAACUGAGGAUUAAGGAACAAUUAUGGACUACAGCAAGAAUAUUAAGAGGAAAAGUAAACACUUUAAUGCUCUCUAUGUUAUGUCACUCUACACAGAAAUGAUAACAUAUUUUGAAUGAUAGAAUUAGAAAUGAGAAAUAAAAAUGAUUCAUCAGUAGUUGAAGGAGCUAGUUCAAGUUGAUAAAUUCCUAAAUGCCGAUCUUUUACUGUUCUCUGUUAAUUUAUUCCAGAAUCUGUCUCAUCGUUUCCUCACACUAGAGAAAUUCUAAAUGUUGGGUAAGAACCCACAGUAAAACGCACAUUGCCUCACAAAUGUGACAAACCUCAAUGCUUCACUAUAAAUUUAUUAUACAAACAGAGGAUCAGGUCAACCAUACAUUUGAAAUGAAAAUAUUACAAACAAUAUCAAAUUUGGAGGCAUAUGACAGUGAAAAAUUUUGAUAACUGAGUUUCAAUUAAUGAAUAUUUUGUGUAUUCUCUGGACCAUGUUUCUUUUUUCCCCAUUUCCAUUCUUUACUCUUUCUUUUUUUCAAUCCAAUGAUCUGAAGUUCACCUCUUGCUCCUGUAUUACAUUUGAGAGUUUUGAUUUACAUCCAUGUCCUGUUUUGCCAUCAGAAAAACAUGAUAAUUGUUUGAUGUAGAUGGUCAAUCUGA